CUCUCUCUAUCUCUCUCUCAUCUGUGCCAUCAUACAAUAACAGUGCUCUAAAAGCCUAUUCUCACCAUAGCAACCUCAGAUGAACAUAAAACACUUAACCGAUAUCAGAGGGGGUGGAAAGACCGGACUUACAUGUUAUGUCACUCUGAGAAAUCUGUUCAUCAGCACACUGGAGAGAAGCAAGACAUCAUGGAGUAACUGGCACUCACAGAUACUUGGCAAGGGCAGGAGCCAGUUGUCCGCCCACAUAAUCCCGAACUCCCACGACAUGACAGGCUGUACACGCCUCCAGAUCUCCUGUGGCUCAAAGCUUGAUAUGGGACAUGCAUUCACACUAACAAAACACUUAAACUGUAAUCUUUUUUAACUACAUCUCUUUUCGUCUUGUCAGUAUGAGUGCACACACUGCACAAAAGUUCACCCAAAAAUGAAAAUUCUGUCAUUAUUUCACUCAGUCUGGUGUCCAGAUCUACAUGACUUACUUUCUUCUGUGGAACAUAAAAGAAGAUUCAGAGGAAAUGUCUUUUUUGGCCCAUACAAUGGAUGACGGUGGUCACAUUCUUCAAAAAUCCACAAAUGAAAGAAAGUCAUACAGACUAUUCUCCUGCCAUGGCCCAUGCAGGCCCAGAGGUGCAGUGGAGGUGGUUGGAGCUCCAUGACUCUGUGUCUCUGGGGUCUGUGGAGAGGAAGGUCCGGACGGCUGCAGGGACCAGACAGUGGAGGAUACAUCGUCGACCCAAACCCAGACACUCUUUCCUGGAUGAGCGCAGACUGCAUCAUGCUGCUUGGGAGGGAUGUCUGGACCAAGUCAAGACCAUGCUGGAAUGUGGCGUGCCUGCUAACUGCCAGGACCCGUAUGGUUGGACAGCUGUCCACCACGCCUCUUUUAAGGGUCAUCUCAUGCUGAUCAAGUUCCUGUUGCAAACCGGCCAGGUGGAGGUAAAUAGCCAAGACUUCUUCAACUGCACUCCCCUGCACCGCUCCUGCAGUGGAGGAAACCCAGAGACCACAGACCUUCUCCUCCAGAAGGGGGCGUCUCAUUCAGCGAGGUCCUGCUCCGGCCAGACGCCCCUUCACCUGGCUGCAGCCAGCGGACACCUGGGAACAGCUCGGGUUCUGCUGCAGCACUUGGCCUCACCAGACCCCGAGGACUUUCAUAAGUGGACGCCCCUGCACUGGGCAAUUUUUGGAGGCUGGGGGGAUUUGGCAGAGCUCCUGUUAGAUAAUGGGGCAGACGUAGAGGGAGGAAAAGGUGUGGGCAUGAGCCCUCUACAGCUGGCGGUGUUGGUGGGAAAUGAGGCAGGGGUGAGGCUACUGCUCCACCGAGGUGCAGAUGCCAAUAUGAGGGGUCCUAACGGCCACACAGCCAUACACCUUUGUGCCGGCUCUGGAGACAAGAAGAUCCUCCAGCUGCUGUUAACAGGAGGGGCCAAGGUUGAUGUCAGGGAUGGAGAUGUGGCAUCUCCACUGCAUCUGGCUGCCCGCAGUGGCUACAGGGCUGUGGUGCACUUGUUGAUUCUGAAUGGAGCAGGACUUGAGGACAGGGACAACCUCAAAAUGACACCACUGCACUACUCAACACUCAGGGACAACGUUGAGGCUGCCAAACUGUUGCUGCACUAUGGUGCAGAUGUGAAUGCCGUGGAGAGGCUUGGACAGACACCUAUGCACUUGGCCUCUGAGAGGGGUCACUGCAAGGUUCUCAAGGUUCUGCUAGACAAAGGUGCUGAUCCCGCUAUAAGGAGCAGCUGGAGAGAGACAGCAGAGGAUGUUGCAAGGACACACAGUCAGCUAGACAUAGUCCAGCUCCUUCAGCAACACCAGGCGGUCAGGAUGAGAGAUCAAGCACAGGACCGUGUGGAGGGAGAGAAGAAAUAACAGUCAAUUAAGGCCUGUACGCAUUUAGAAUUAAAGCUACAAUGAUAGCUAUAACUAUAAAGUAUUAUUAAUCAUUCUAAUUCCAACUAUAAUGACAUAGAGGUAUAAUAUCCAUGGGAUUACUUUCAAAAGGACUUUCUUUCCAGCUGAUGAAUGAUUAAAACAUUGACAGCCAAUCAAAAUCCACUUGACUUUAAAGGGCUCAAGUUGUUGUUAUAGUUAUC